AUGCUUGUUCAAAUGUUUAUACAAGUUACUGUUGCAAUGAGUUAUAUUGCAAGUAGAAAAAUUGUACAUGGUGAUUUAGGUUGUCGAAAUGUACUUGUUUUUCAGAUUGAUCCAUCUGAACCAAAAAAUAAUCUAGUUAAAAUUACUGAUUUUGGCCUUGCACGUUGGAUUGAUCAUCCACGGUCAAAUGAAAAUGAAUUAGUUAUUCCAAUUCGAUAUUGUGCACCAGAAAUUCUUCGAAAGGAUCGUCAUUCGAAUCUUUUAGAAAAAUCCGAUGUUUAUUCAAUGGAUGUUCUUAUUUGA